UGGACACAUGUUCAAGAACAUGAUUCAACACCCACUCAGUCAUUAUUUUUUGAUCAGACUAAAACACACCUCCUAGAUUAAGUAUAAAUCAGCAUUUCUAGAACACUGUAAAAGGAUAGUGCUAUUGAUAUUGCAUUGAAGUGCUACAAUAAAAAAGAGCUAGCUACAAUGGAUGACGCGUUGCUAGCCGAGCUCCAGACGGCCUCCAUUAGUGGAGAUGUCCACUCGGCCUAUUCUCCCCAUCCCCACUACAGUCAGUACAAGCAGCACAAGGACGGCUACACCAACCAGGAGGUGCGGCGCAGGAAGAUCCUCCAGAGCCAGAAAUCUCGACGAAGGGACUUCAUGGAUUACUCCCGACUGAUAGUGGAGGGAGUGGAGUGUGAGAUACCUGAGGGCGAUGAUGUCAUGGAUGAUGUCAUGGAGGGGGGUGGUGUUGACGAGGUGGACACCACAGUAGAGGCAACAAAGACAAAGAGCAAAGGAAAAAAGAAACAGAAGAAGUUCUACCCUUACAGGAACCAGCUCAUGAUGUCCGAGUGGCUGGAGGAAGUACCCGAGGAUUUCACUGAUAAAUGGCUCAUGUUCGUGUGCCCCAUUGGUAAGAGGUGUCUAGUGGUAGCGGCCAAAGGAACCACUUCUGCCUACUCACGAACUGGCAUACAAAUCAACAACUUCCCAUCUCUGCUCCCAGGAGGCUGUCACCGGACACAUCACGUUGGACGGGACAACUGCAUACUGGAUUGUAUAUUCUACGAGACCACCCACACGUAUUAUGUACUGGACGUGAUGUCAUGGGGAGGUCACCCGGUGUAUGACAGUGACACUGAGUUCAGGUCAUUCUGGAAAGCCACGAAAAUUAAAGACAAUGCUGAAAGUAUAUCGAAGUUUUCACGAAUCAAUCCGAUGAGUUUCAUCGAUCUUCCCGGCUACCCGUGCACGCAAGAAGCCCUAGCAGAGGUGUUUACCCGGGAGUGGCCCGUACAAGUGGACGGGCUAUUAUUCGUACACAAGGAGGCACAUUAUUGGGCAAAGAAAACGCCGCUAGCAACGUGGCUCAAGGCCAACAUGGUGACUGAUAUUCUGGGGAUACAUGUAUCCCAGGAGUUCCUCUCCUCUGCUCCUGUGUUGUCCGCCGUGGCCAUGGAGGGCGUGGAAAGAGAAGGCAAGAUACCUAAGAAAUCGAAAUCAAAGAAGACAUCUUCUCAACAGCAGCUGGCUAGUAUGGACGUGACUACGGAGGGUGAUGCCGGCAAUACUGUUGCUGAACAAAUUGAAUAUUAAUUAACGUGAUUCGUAAUUAUCCCUCAUCUUCGUUGUGUUGUUUUUUAUUUAAUCUC